CAACUGUCAACCUGACUACUACUAAUUGUCACCAACAAUUUAUCAGGAUCACAUCACAAUCAGCAUCAAUUGUUGUUGAUUAACUUUUUUCUAAUUAAUACAAUUAACAUUAUUAUUACAUUUCCACUCUGUUAAUAUUAAGAGUAACCAAGUAAAAGUUAAUCACCAGGUUGAUUUGUUAAAUCGUGGAUUCUAAUUGUUAAUCAAUAAUAUAAACUUUUCUUAACUCCAUUGUGAUUAAAGUUAAUUGUUUCUCCAAAUUAAUUGUGAUUAGUUAUUUUCUUCAAUUUUUCUCAAUCUUAACCUUGUCUCCAUAUGUGAUAACAUUGAUAUCGUUAUUUGGUGAUUACAAUGAUACCGAUUGUUAAUUGUAAUUGAUUAAUUGAAUUGAUACCAACAAUUUUCAUGGUCUAUUAGUGAUUUAAUUGUGUUCAUCAUCUAAAUUGUUCCCUUAUUAUUUGCAUCCUUUCCCACAACAAUUAACUUGUUCAAAGAUUUUCUUAAUCAAUUAAUUAUCAUUUGGGUUUACCUUUUUCUUUAGUUUUCCAUUAAUGUUGUUCAUCCGAUUAUCUGUUAUUCUGGUUGAUUAAUCAUCUUCUUCUAAUCAUUUAAUCAAUCAAUUAAUCAGAAUAAUUAUCAGCCAUAGAAGAAGAUGAAUUCGGAAACACUUUGGGAUCUAUUUAAUGCCUGUGAUGCCGAUGGUUCGGGUUACAUUGGACGGGAUGAAGUUCGUGAUAUUUGUGCCAAGUUUUCAAUCGAAACCGAGGAUGCGGAUGCGAUUUUCGAGAAUCUUGAUCGAGAUCGAGAUGGACAAAUUAGUUUUGAAGAUUUUAAAGAAGGUUUUACAGAUUAUGAGAGAGACUUUUCUGCUAAUCCAUUAGCGGAUAAAAUGAGAUUAAUUAGACAAUCGACUCAUGACCCGAACAACAACAAUCAAGAAUCAAAUGAUUUACUUUCCGUUGAGAAUUCUCGUCAUGCCUCUAACCUUAAACGAGUCCGUUCAUUUACAAGACGAAUCAAUCGAGCUCUUGAAGCUGAAGAGCCGAUCGAACCUGAGAAACAAGCAAAAAUGAUCGAAGAGCUAAUGGACAGUCUGAAGAAAUUAAAGGAAGAAAAUGAAACUCUAGCAAAAUCGUAUUUAAGAGAGAGACGUGAACACGAGGAGCAUCUUUACAGAAUCGAGCAAGACGUGGACAGUCAAGUUCGUCAAGUUGAACAACGUGUAACCGAACGAGCUAAACAAGAGAUCGAAGCAGAGAAAAGGUCACUUAGAGACAUGAUGAAGGACGAAAUGCUCCAACUUCAGGCUCAUUUAUCGAUGUUUGAAAAGGUUGAGAAUUGGCUGAAGAAUUCACAUUCAGCCAUGGAGAAGGAGCAAUUAGGUGAAUUCAAGAAUAAACUGGAAGAGGCUUUAGCAGAAAAUCAUCAGAUGCGACUGUCGCUGUUAGAUACACAAACGACUGUCGCAAUGAUGAGAAGUGAAUUGGGACAAUUAAAAAGCUUGUACGAGCAACGGUGCAAGGAAUUAAAUCAAGAAAGGGAAAAGGUUAUUGAGGUUGUUCACAAUCAAGAUUAUCUUUCACGACAAUUAAUGGUUUUACAAAAUGCUAAUCAUAGAUUCCAAGAAAUAGCUGAUAAUAUGCAAGAUAGUGAAGCUUGGGGCCCGAAUUCAUUACCAUCGACUUCAAGUACUCAUGAUAUCCCUCAACGAAUGAAAAAAGGUUCAAUCGUUGGUGAUUAUUUAGGUUUAAAUGUCGAUAAAAAAUCGAUGAUUUCGAGAAAUUUGUCACAAUUAGAAGAGACAAUAAUAAGAGAGGAGGAUUCUCGUCAAGGUAAAUCAUCACCUUCAAACAAUUCAUCAACUUGGAAUGAUGAAAAUGAUAGUGGAUUAUCAACAAUUACUCGUGAUGAUCAAGAUGAAAUGACCUUUCCGUCGACCUCAAGUCUUGCAUCGCCGAUUUAUACCCGAGAUAUGAACUCGUCGAGAGAUAAACUUUCCCCUGAGAAUCCAAAUGAAAGUUCAAGAUGUUCAAGUGCCAUUGAACAAGUGACCACAACAACGACAACCGAUGACCACAACUCACCCGAUAUACCAAGUAUCAGGGAAGUGACCGGACCAGGGGAGUCACUUUACAAUUUAAUAUUCAUCGGGGACAUGGCGGUCGGUAAAACGGCCUUAAUUUACCGAUUAGCUCAGAAUCAAUUCCUUGUGAAUCUUUGUUCAACCGUUGGGGUCGAUUUCCAUGUGAAAUCUUAUUGCGUUGAUAACACCAAAACAAUUACCGUUCAACUCUGGGACACUGGGGGACAAGAAAGAUUCCGAUCGAUCACUUUAUCUUAUUUUCGUAAGGCCGAUGGAGUGAUUCUCGUUUAUGAUUUAACACUUCCGAAAACUUUUCUCAAUGCAAGAAAUUGGAUGAACCAAAUUAAGGAAUGCUCCGAUCGCGAUAUACCUUGUGUUCUGGUCGGAAAUAAAUUGGACCUUCGCGAUCCUAAUGCUGCCGAAGAAGAUCAGAUCAGUUAUGAUCGAGGCUAUAAACUUGCCGAGGAGUUUAAUUGUCCUUUCUUUGAGAUAAGUGCCAAACAUGGAGUCAACGUAAUGAAAGCCUUAGAGGCCAUUAUAAGGAAAAUGAUGGAAAACGAUGUAAAGAAAGGAUUAGUUGACCCAAAGGCCGUUGUUAAAUUAGAUGCUAAAUCCGGUUUCUGGGCUAAGAAAAAGUGUUCAACUUGUUGACAAUUAGUUAAUCAUCUUCAUUAUUUACUAAUUGUUGAAAACAAAAACUUCACCAGAGGAAUUAAAGAUCUCGAUAGAGUGAAACAUAAAUUAAUCACAUUUAAAGCUAUUAAUCAAUUUCAAUUCCGAUAAUCAUAAUUAAUCAUAACUCAUAUGCACCUACAAUUAAUUUCACAUUCAACUUGAAUUUAUUGUAAAUUAUUUUGAUUUAUAAUUGUUUCCCUCGAUACAAUUGUUAUAUUAUUAAUAUAAUCUAAUAAAUUGUAAGAUUUAAUCAAUUCAAUUUUCUCUGUCCAAUUGUUACUUUUGAUUGU